CAAUCUGGUUCUAGGAUGCGGUUGGGGCUCGCCGGGAGAGGUCGCGGGGCACGGGCGGGUCCCGCUCUCGCAGCGCUGCCGGGGCCGGUUCGUCCCGUCCCGGGGUUGUAUAAGAAAGGCAAAAUCCCUCAUUUGAUAUGAAGAAAAGCAGAGGUCGGACAGGUCGAAGGAGAAGAAGAAAACACUCAAAGAGAUUUAUGGAUGGAGUCAACUGCAGUCACAAACUGGAAUACAUUAAACUUAAGAAGUGGCUGAAAGAGAGAGGAUUUGAAGACAAUAACCUAAGGCCAGCAGAGUUCUGGGGGACAGGAAGAGGAUUGAUGACAACAAAAGCUCUUCAGGCAGGAGAUCUGAUUAUUGCCUUGCCUGAGAAGUGUUUGCUCACCACGGGCACCGUCCUCAGCAGCUGCUUGGGAGGAUACAUUGUGAAAUGGAAGCCCCCUGUGUCUCCUUUGCUGGCACUGUGCACGUUUUUGAUAGCAGAGAAACAUGCUGGGGAGAAAUCUCCAUGGAAGCCCUACCUGGAUGUUCUACCCAAGACUUACACUUGCUCUGCUUGUUUGGACCCUGAUGUAAUAAAUCUUCUCCCAAAACCCUUAAAAAAGAAGGCUCAGGAGCAAAAAAAGAUGAUCCAAGAGCUGUUCAGAUCUUCCAAAGCUUUCUUCUCUUCCCUGCAGCCUUUAUUUGCUGAGAACACAGGAACUAUUUUUAAUUACAGUGCUUUGGAGUGGGCUUGGUGCACUAUAAAUACCAGGACAAUCUACAUGGAACACCCACACAGGGAAUGUUUUUCCCUGGAGCCAGAUGUUUAUGCAUUGGCACCAUAUUUAGAUUUGCUAAACCACAGCCCAAAUGUUCAGGUCAAGGCUGCGUUUAAUGAGCAGACGAGGAGCUACGAAAUUUGGACAAAUUCACAGUGCAGAAAAUCCCAGGAGGUUUUUAUCUGCUAUGGACCUCAUGAUAAUCAGAGGCUGCUGCUGGAAUAUGGAUUUGUUGCCAUGGACAAUCCUCACAGCAGUGUUUAUGUCUCACCAGAUACUCUCCUCAAAUAUUUCUCACCACUGGACAAACAGAUAAAAGCCAAAGUUUCCAUUUUAAAAGAUCAUGAUUACCUAGAGAACCUGAGCUUUGGAUGGGAGGGACCCUCCUGGAGACUCCUCACAGCCCUCAAGGUGCUGAGUCUGGGAGCAGAGCAAUUUCCCUGCUGGAGGAGGAUCCUGCUUGGUGAUGUCCCUUCAGCCAGGAAUGAACAGCAGGCUUUGGGUACAGCAGCAAAAAUUUGUCACUUUUUAAUAGAGGAGACCCAGCAUGUCCUUCUCCAGAUUUCCCAGCUGAAAAGGGACAAAGAGAACCUCCAACCCCAGCUGGCUUUGGUGGAAAUGCUGCGCUCAGAAGACCUCAGGAUCCUUCAAAAAUCAGCUGAGAUCCUUUGCAACUUGAAUUCAGCAACAACUUGAGCUCCCUGGAGCUGUCAUUGGUCAGGGAUUAUUGCCAGAUUAGCACUCUUAAUGGACCUGAGCAGCAAAGAAUAAUUUCAAAAUUCAAAAUUUUGUUCUUUUGCUGAUCUUCAGAAGGUUCUGCUGAAGUGGAGAACUCGAGCUCCUUGGUUUGGAAAAAAGAGAAUUUUUUUAAAGGCAUUUCAGGGCAGGACCCUUAUUUAAACUGCAGAAAUUUCAUUUGGAAUUGUCAUUCUCUUGUGCUUAUUUUCCAUGAUGUAAUUUUAAAGAGUGUUUAUUUUUGUAAAUAUAUUACUUCAUUUUCUACAAGAUUUCUCUGUUUUAUUUUUCUAAAAUCCUUUCUGGAGCUGGAACUCUAUUUCUUAUAUCCUUGAAGCCAAUUUACCUUCAGAUUUGCCUAAAUCAUGUUUUUUAAAUCACUUGCCACCAUAUUUUACACUGUAAAGUCCUGAUCAGUUUAGAUUGGCUAUUAGGAAUUGUUUUUUCAUGUGAAACAUUGGAACAGGAUACCCAGGGAAGAGCCACCCACCCCUGGGAAUGUUCAAAAAUGAGGAUGUGGCACUGGAGGACUUGGUUUGAUGGUGACCAUGGGGUGAUGGUUGGACUUUGAGCUUUUCCAGCCUUGAGGAUUCUGGAAUUUUCUGUCUCUGAAGUCAGAGAUCCUGAGACCCCUUUGGAUUUGGGAAUUCUCACCAGUUUUCCCCCAGCUCCUCCUGUGCCUCUGUGACUGUUUGACCUUCCUUUAAUAAACCCUUUCCAUUCUCCAGGACCAGCUGUGUUUCUGAAUUGAUCAUUUUAUCACAAAAUGGUGCCAGAGUUAAAGGAGAGAAGGAUGUUUGGCUGGCUCAUUUCUCUUUUUUCCUGAGGAUGGUUAUUUUAAGAGCAGCUCCUGUACAGUGUGUCUGGUGAGGUGAAUAUGAGUUUGACAGAAGUUAAUUUGCUUUUGCUGAGGGCUCCACAUUUAUUCCAGGUGGUUUGGAUGUGAGCUCUGCUCCUGGAACUCCUGCACACCCUCCAGGGAGAGCAGGAAAGGGGUCUGGAAGUGCAGGAAAGAAGGCAGUUUAUGUGGAUAUAUAAAAAUAAACCUUUACAUUUAAGCU